AAAGUACACAUUCAAAGAUCAAUGGUAGUUAAUUGAAUUAUUACCAGAGAUGUUCAGGGAAUCAUCUGGGCGCUCUUACACAAAAUAAUAAUCCCUUCCCGACUUCCGUUUACAACCGGAAGUUUCUUGUUUUUCCUGUUUACAUCCAGUAGCCUGCGAGCUACCAGCCUAAAAUAAUCGGCUGCAGGAUUUCUAACAAAAUGCCUGACAGUUGAUGAGUUUUGUGUGUUUAUUGUUGCUUCCUGCUGGUUUUUUGGGGUGUGGGGACCAUGGCUUCAGCUCGCCGGUGUUGCCUCUGUUUACCCUCGCCGGUUGUUCUGCUGCUGCUGCUGCGGUGGCCCGGGCUGCUGGUGGCCGCAAAGCAGGUCGCUUUGGUGGAGGUUUUUCUGGAUCACCAGCCCGCUGUUAGCACUCUGCUCCAGGGGGAGGUGGUGUCAAGCCGAGGUAUCAAGAGCUCAGAGACCCGGAACGAGGAGCAGGAGGAGCUGGAGGGGAACCUGGUGUUGAUCGGAGGUGACGCGACGCAGCCGAGCGAAGGGAGAGACGGGGAAAAUGGCGACUGGCAGGAGCCGUGGAUUGGCGUUGUGCCGGUGGAGAUGGACGACAGCAAAGCCUCCACUGGGAACCAGGAGUCUUUUGCUGAUGCAGUGGUUAACAAAAUGAAGCGGGCGUUGGUCCUGGGAGCGUCAGCGCUGAUCAUCCUGGCUCUGAACCAAAACACAGCCAGCGAGAUGGAUUUGUCUCAGGUUCUGCUGUCCAAGCCCAUCAUUGUGAUCCAAACAUCAGAGAACGUGACCAAGCUGAUUGGAGCUCUGCUGAGGGGUCUCCGGGCGACGGCUAAAAUCACGUAUGAGAUGAUCCUACAAGACAACUUGGGCGCCACGCUGACCCUGUGGUCCAGCUGUGGCCGGUCCAGAGGCGGCCUGUACGGAGAGUGGCAGGGGGUCAUCUGCACCGGCGAGAGCAAUUCUCAGGUCCAGAAGUACCUGCAGCAGCUGUGGGACACCGUCCUGCUGGUGGCGCUGAUCCUCUGCACAGGCGUCAUCGUUCAGGCCCGCUGGCAGUACCAGGACCGCCAGCUCAACGACAACCUAGAGCUGCAGCUUCUUCCCAAGCAGGACAUUCUGAAGAAAAUGUCGUCGCUGAAAACCAAAACGUAUCGUCGGCCCAAACCCUGGUGCGACCCGUCCCAGCAGACCGAGACGGAGAACUGCGCGGUCUGCCUGGAACCGUUCAACAACAACCAGUGUCUGCGGGUGCUGCCGUGUCUCCAUGAGUACCACAGGGAUUGCAUCGACCCCUGGCUGUUGCUGCAGCACACCUGCCCUCUGUGCAAACGCAGCAUCCUCGGUCAGUUCCCCACUUCCUCCCCCGCUGCCCCCCGGAUCCGACCCGUCUGAAGAGCUUCUGAUUCUCCCUGCAGGCGCCGUCCGCAGAGACAGCUAGCAGCCGCUGCUCCGCCUUCCCUGGGAGCGGAUCUGGACUCCAGGCGGCAGAAACUCUGCGUUAUGGAUUCGUGCUGAGCUCUUCCUGGGACGUCUGUUACGUUAAAAUAUGUGGAAUCUCUGCAGCUGAAGUCGGGCGCUGAAAUGUUUCGACAUGUAAAAACUAUUCGCUCCACAGACGACGACUUCUACUUCUUCCACACGCAGUUCACUGUAGCUCCUGAAUGAUGUCAGUAACAAACAUGUUCAUCUGAUUUAUUUCCUGCUAAAAUCACUUCUGUGCUUCUUGUUUGAAGAAUUAGCAGGUUUUUUUCCAGGGUGAAAAGAUUAUCCAGCUUUCAAAAUGAUCCGUACAGAAUACCUAAAUAUAAACAACGGUGGUGUGGAAACGUGUUUGUCCUCUUCCUCACUUUGUAUUUCUGCAUGUUUAUCACAGUUCAGUGUUUCAGGACAUCAAAUCAAUUUAAAUAUUUAUAAAUGAAGGCAUUAAAAAUCCAAAUGUUGAUUUGGAUUUAUUUGUAAUGAUGUCUGGACUGUGUGAAAAAGUUUGGUCCACAAGCCACAAAAAAUGUAAACAGAUUCUUGUAUUUAAAAUCCACUAAAGCUGUUUGUUUAUAAUCCUUCCACCCUGGAAAACAAAGAUCCAAACUGACCCGACGAGAGUUAAAGUGCUGUGCAAAAGUCUUAAAAAAAUAAUUUUAUUGUGAAAAUGUAUUUAAGUGUAGUUUAUAAAGAUAUUAUUGUUAUUCUCUUAACUUUGGCUCCUUUUUUCAAAUCUUAUCUUUCCUCUUUGUCGUUAAAUUUAAGGAACUUACAGCUUAUUUACAAUUUUAUUUUACUGCAUUUUAGGAACUAAAAUGUUUAUUUCGUUAUUUAAGAAACUAAAUUAUUUAUUUACACCUACUAAUGUAUUUUUAAUGUUAUAAAAUAAGCUUUAGUGCUUAAAUAAAAUGUGCCAAUUUCUUUUCAUCUGCAGCUCUAGUAACUUUAUGCCUGUAAUCACGUAGAUUUGACUUUUUUUAACAGAACAUUUAAAUAUUUUUUUGACUUCAUAGAAAGUCCAUGUGAAAUUAAUCUGAAAUUUCUGAGUUUUGGCAUGAAUUUACUCCUCUAAUGGCUCCAACACUCUGUCAUACAAUCAGACCAACAGUUGAUGUUUGAGUAGAAAUAAAACCUUUUGGGUUUAACCAAAUCAAAUCAAACAAAUCACAGAUGCAGGUCAAAGAAGGUCGCCUCCUAAAAGCUGAAGACUUUUGCACAACACUGUAAAAAGAAAAGUCUGCACAGUGAGGAGAAAUUAGUGUUGAGUCAUGCGCGCCCCCUGCUGGUGACUUCUGUACAUGCAGCUCUUAGUGACUCCAGAAAAGCAGACGCUUCUGCUUGGUGGGAUCAACGUUUUCACUUAUUUUGUAUAAAUCUGGGUCAGAUCUAAUCACUUGAAUCAGUUUGUAACUUUUAUUACAAAAAUGUUUUUUACACAUGUUAAAGUUGCUCCAUGUUGUGACAGAUAAUCUGUGAGAAGGUCAAUCUCCUCCACAUUUUCCCUGAGCCAUUACUGCAGUAUGAAGAAAGGCACCAAAACCAACAGCCAGGAGGCGGGGCUUAGCGCUGUCUAUCAUUCUCAUGUACUCACUGCUAAAUGUGCUUAUUGUCAGGAAUACAGUCUAUCUGCUGUCAUGCUAUGCUAACUAUCUAACCAGCUAUAGAUUAGCAAAGAGCAUGGGGGUGAUUGACAGCGCUAAGACCCUCCCCUUCCCUCUGAGUGGUUUAUUUAUGCAGUUAUUAGAACGGAAAGGAGCUCAUUUUCUCACAGAUUAUCUCCUACCGUCACAACAGUGAUCAAUUUAACAAGUAUGUAAAAAAAUUUUUUUAUACAAGUUACAUUUUUAUGCGUUUGACCACGGAUGACUCAAACUUGAAAGCUGUCAAAACAACUGCAUUAUUUAUUAUCUUUUUUGUUGUUUUUUUUUGUCAUGUCAACUCCAAAAUAGUAAUAAUUUGUCUUGUUACAAAAUGUUCUGACAGAUAGAUCGGUUCUCUUGUAGAAAAUAGUUUGUGCAUGGCGACAUGACGCAGCCUGUGCUUCCAAACGUUUGGUUCUGACCCGGUUCUCGCAAUCAGAGCGGCCAGGAGGGGGCGCUCACGUCCACUCUGAUGGUUUGGUCAGCUGAUGUUCUUCCAGAAGGAGAGGGAACGCUCUUUGAUGGAGGGAACGCUCUUUGAUGGAGGGAACGCUCUUUGAUGUCUUACUUGUUUACAUCUUUGGAUCGUAAUAAUAAACCAAUUUGUUACUUGGCAAAAAUGAAAAGUCUGAUUGUGGUUGUGGUGAGCCGAGGAAGGAAAUCAGUGCUAAAAUUAAUCGUUUUGGGGUUUUUUAAAAAAGAAAAAAAAAAAGA